AUGACACAACAAAGGAAGACGAUUGCGGUCGUCAAUGCUACGGGCCGUCAGGCCGCCUCGCUCAUUCGCGUCGCCUCCGCGGUGGGACAUAGUGUGCGAGCCCAGGUCCAUUCUCUCAAAGGCAUCAUCGCGCAGGAGCUCGAAAGCCUACCCAAUGUCAAGCUGUUCCAGGGCCCUCUACUCGACAAUGUUCCGCUGAUGGACGCCCUUUUCGAGGGCGCCACUCUUGCUUUCAUCAAUACCACCUCGCAGUCUGGCGACGAGGUCGCCAUUGGUCGUGCGCUCGCCGAUGCCGCAAAAAGAGCCGGAACCAUUCAACAUUACAUCUACAGCAGUAUGCCCGAUCACUCCGUCCAUGGACCCUGGCCUCCGGUACCUCUAUGGGCUCCUAAAUUCACGGUGGAGAACUACGUUCGACAGUUGGGGCUACCGGCAACUUUUGUCUACGCUGGAAUCUACAACAACAACUUCACAAGUCUACCCUACCCUCUUUUCCAGAUGGAGCUUAUGCCAGAUGGGAGUUUUGAAUGGCAUGCGCCGUUUGAUCCAGAUAUUCCAUUGCCGUGGUUAGACGCAGAGCAUGACGUUGGCCCGACUUUGUUGCAGAUUUUCAAAGAUGGGAUCAAAAAGUGGCAUGGUCACCGAAUUGCCCUCACGUUUGAAACCCUCUCGCCGAACCAGGUCUGCGCAGCAUUCUCGCGCGCAUUAAAUCGCCCUUGUCACUACGUUCGCGUGCCCAAGGUCGAAGUCAAAGUGAAUAUCCCAACCGGAUACCGGGAGCAGUUGGAGGCCGUGGAGGAAGUCUUUGGCAGGUGCAACGCGCCUUACUUUCCUCAGCCCGAAUUUUCCCGUCCUGCAGCAGGAUCCCCUAAAGGACUGGGCCCGGCCAAUGGCAAGGGAGCGGGCGCGGGAAUGAUGCAAGGUCCCGGAGGGGUGAUAUCGCUCCGAGUCACCGACGAAGCUCGGCACCUAUGGCAGGGGUGGAGAGAUAUGGAGGAAUAUGCGCGUGAGGUCUUUCCAGUGGAGGAAGAAGCCAACGGGUUGGACUGGAUGCUGUAA